UCGGCUUCUGAUCCUUUGAACCCAAAAAAAACAACGGAAACAAAAACUAUCCAUAACCACGAUCACGAUGUCUGAAAAAUCCCUCAAAUCCUCACCUCCAUGGAGUGUUCUUAGCCUAGUCGCCAACCAUCUUGACCCCAAAACACUAAUUAUAGCCUCCUGUGUAUGCAAGUCAUGGUCCAUUUGCAUGUCCUCCGACCACCUUUGGAAGCCCAUUUGCUCCACCCUUUAUCCGUCCCUUUGCAACCUCCGUGCCGCCAAUCUCGCCGUCCCUUACCGCCGUCUAUACAACUUAGGAUGCGUAUCAGAGAAACUCAGGCUGCAAAAACCGCUCAAACCCCAUCUUUCCCUCGACAGCAUCAUUUUCGCCAUCGACGUUUUCAACGGCAACGUCUGCCUCAGCACAACUAUAAAACCUGGUAACCAACUCGUCGUUGACAAGAGUUUCUUGUUCCAUUUCGAUAUUGAUGCUGAUCUUGGGAAUGGUCACGGUGAUCCAUCAGUGGCAAUAGAAGCAUUGGAUAGCUUGAGGGUUACUUGGAAUGUGGUGUUAGGCGGGUUGAGGAGUGUUUUUACGAUGAUGGACUGUAAAGUGAAAGGAAGCUUCGUUCUGGGGCAAGAAGGAUGGUUUUCGCAGGAGCUUCCGCAGUCGGGGUGUUGCUCCAGCGGGGAUGCUAGUGGGUUGGUGGCGGAUUUGAGGUUGGGGCUGCGGCAAAGUGGUGGGAAAGGGAUGGUUGAGAGGAUAAGUGUGGGAGUUUUGAGUAUUUUGAGUUGGAGAUAUGUUUGUAUUGAUGAUGCUCUUAGGUAUCUGCAGCACUUUCUUUUACCCUGUUAAGGCUCUGUACCAUAUUGUAGUGUCAAUGUAAAAACUCUCUCUUUAAUUCUGAAUUGUAAUUCGUUUUUUCA